AUGGGCCAGGACAGAACGUUUGUCAAGGGAUCGAGUUCACUUGUCUCUUUCACGAGCUCGGAAAAACUGACUGAUGAUGCCGACUACGAUGCCGGCGUAACGUUUGAGAAUGUACCAAGUCCACUGUCUGAUGCUGGGCAUCAUGACAACUAGUUACAUCGUGAGGAAGAUGAACUGCGGCGAGAAGCGGAAAUGGCACUUCGUGAGAAAGAGGAGCGAUUCCGAAAGAAUCUUAAGGAACGAGAGGUCAAAUUGCAGGAGGUCUGUUACUUAGCUUUGCUUUAA